UACUUCUUAUAUUCUUAUUUAAACUUACAUUUGCAACUAGCAUCUUUACUUUUUACAAGCUUAUUAUAGGACUACCUUUGCAAAUAUACUACAUGUCUUUACUUUUUAAAACUUAUUACUACAUAUCUUAAAGACAUUCUAUACAUCUAUUAGCAUAUAUCUAACUUAGCAAACACCUAAAAGAUUUCUACCAAACUUAUACUAUAGCACUAUUAGACUCUCUUAACACAACAGGAAGUACACAAAUCAUUUCUAAAGUUCAGAGUUUCUAGUCAGCUUUGAUAUACAACACUGGGAUUUAGUGAGUGUUGUUAUUAUGGAGUUGUAACACUUGUUGCUAAGGGACUGUAACAUUCUUGGAUGAAGCCACACCCCAAAGUUGCUGAGUUCUUUCAGCCAUUCUGGAACUAGCAGAGAUGCGCUCUCAGUGGUAAAUGGUUUUUAACUAGAGGCUGUCCCUUCACCCCACUUCAUAAUAGCUCCCCUAAAUGCUUCAAUUUAGACAAAUGUUUCUGUUACAGCAGUACUUUUGGUUUGCUCUACUGAAAAGCUUUGCUUCAGGCUGAGGGUGAAAUUACCAUAUUGAACAGCUGUAAUCUCUUAGCAAAAAUCUUACACAGCUAUUAGGUGAUAGAAAGUAUUUCCCCAAAGGAGCCAUAAAACCAAAAAGUGGCAUAGCUCCAAACUUAAUUUCCUUACAUUUUGCAUUAACCAGUGAAAAAACCUCUGAAACACUAAUUCAGCCACGUUCAUUCUAGUUCCUCUAUGAGAAUGUCAUUGGAGCUGACCUUUCUUAGUUCCGUGCUCCUUACCAAAUGCUCCAGUAGCCACCAAGCUUCAUUCUCCUCUUGUGAAAAAACACAAACCUGUCCUCGAUCCUAUAUUAACACAGAAUCAGGUCCCUUCCAUAAUCCUGAGCAGGAAUCUUUCUAUUUCACUUGAGCAAAAGUCACUUUGGUACCACUGUACCAAAAUCUAUCCAUGGCAGACUGCUCACAGACAUCCAUAUUCAAAAAGUUCAGAAUGAAAAGAGCAUGAUUUAAUGCAUUAUGUGGUGAUUGAGGGUAAAUUUCUUCCUUUUUUACUUUUAGUUUUUGAAGCUGUAUUUUAAGACUGCUAUGAGCCUUUUCUACAAUAUCUUGUCCCUGAGGAUUGUAAGAAAUACCUGUUUUAUGUUCGAUUUCCCAUUGGGUACAAAAGUGUUGAAAAGCCUUACUACUAUAUCCAGAGCCAUUAUCAGUUGUAAUAAUUUUUGUUAUACCCAUAUAAAAAAAACACUUCAAGCAGUGUGUAAUGACAUGCUUUGUAGCUUCCCCAGAUUGUGCACUAGUCAUUAAAAAUCCUAAAUAAGUGUCAAUGGUCACAUAUACAUAUUUUAAUUUGCCAAAUUCUGCAAUAUGAGUGCCAUCCAUUUGCCUUAGUUGAUUAGGAACAAGACUUCGAUGGUUUACCCCUAAGUGAGGGACAAGAAAAUAUUUUGGACAUACCCCACAUUGUUUAACUGUUUUUUGAGCUGCUUCCUUGGUAAGAUCAAGUUGUUUUCUUAAGGUUUUUCUAUUUUGAUGAAGAGUAUGUGACUGUUGAGCCAUUUCCACUUGGGAUAAUGCUACUAUCCUUGUUAACUUAUCAGCCACUGCAUUACUCUCAGCUAAAGGACUAAGAAGAUUGGAGUGAGCUCUAACAUGGCCCACAAAGCAUGGGCAUGGCAGCUUUCUUUUAUGAAAAGCAUCUUGAAUUUGUUGAAAUAACAUUUUAACUUGAUUGUUGUUAGUCCCAAUAUAGGGAACAGUUUCUAUGAUUUGAAGAGCUCUAUAAAUAUAUUGGCUGCCUAUAUAUAAGUUAAAUGACCUGUCUACAAGAACCUGAACAGUCAUGUUCACUGCCUAUAAUUCCACUAUCUGUGCAGAAGCUGGAGUUGUUUUUACUACAUAACUUUUUCCAUUAAUAACAUAAGCACCUGAGUUCGUGCGGUGGCGGCCGAGGCGGUGUAGCUCCGUGACGGGUUCGGCCUCGCACGCGCCUCCCACCCAGCGCUGCCACGAUGCCCAAGAGGAAGGUUAGCGCUGCCGGAGCGGCCAAGGCGGAGCCCAAGCGGCGCUCAGCGAUGCUGUCGGCCAAGCCCGCCCCUGCCAAGGUGGACGCGAAGCCAAAGAAGGCCGCGGGGAAGGAUAAACCAUCAGACAAAAAAGUGCAAACAAAAGGGAAGAGGGGAGCAAAGGGCAAACAGGCGGAGGUGGCUGACCAGCAAACCACAGAUGUGCCUGCAGAAAAUGGAGAGGCUGAGAACCAGAGUCCAGCCUCUGAAGUGGAAGAGAAAGAAGCCAAGUCCGACUAACCAUCCAUCGUGUCUGUCAGUGUCCCGCCUCCCUUCUUGUACAAUCCAGAGGAAUAUUUUUAUCAACUAUUUUGUAAAUGCGAGUUUUUUAGUAGCUCUAGAAACAUUUUUAAAAGGUGGGGGGAAGUCCCGCCUCAUCCCAUUUUUUAAGUGUAAAUGAUUUUUUUAAGAGGUUAAAUCACUUGCUGGUUGCUUAUUUUUUGGUACAACCAGAAAAUAGCAGGAUACUGAAUCAGGAGAGGCUGUGACUGUCUCGGGGGGUCACCAUAAUAUUCCGUAGAGGGGGCUAGUUUUAUAUCCUACAACACAAAGCAUACUUGGAGUCUUGGUCGUGCAUUUGUGUCUGGAAUAUUUUCAGUUAUUUCU